AUGGUAGAGGAAUUUUCAGGUUCAAAGAAGAGCACUGAUGAAGAAACGGUGUCUCCUCCCGUUUCGCUGCCUCUCGGCAGAAAACCAUCUUUCUCUGAGGACCAGCACAAUCCCUCCAGCAACCACAAAGACGAUGCAGAUGGAGAUCAGGUCCCUGGACCUUCAGACCAGGUCCUGGAGUGUGAUCCUUCAGACUCGGAUGAGGAAAAUGUAGCAAGCCCAGUUGGUGUGUUGGACUUUGGUGAGGACACUCAGUCUGAUGUGGAAUCAUCUGCUGCUUCUGCACAGCCAGAAUCAGAGAAGGAGGAAGAUGAAAUUGAAGAAGAAAAGUCUCCUGCAGCAAAUGUCCCCCCUCCUCCUACUCAGCCUUUGACCCAAAACUCUCCAGAUAAGGGAAUGGAAGACACAGCUGGUGAAUACAAGGACGAGACCAACUCAGAUCAGGUUCAUGGGGAAACUGAAUCUCACUCACCAGAGAAAAGUACUGAAGCAGACGAGUCAACUGAGGAGGAGCAGCCGCCCACCGCUCCUGAGCAGAACAUGUCAGAAACUGCUUCACAUGAACAAGACUCAAAGUUGUCACAGGAAGAAACACACAAGAAAGAAGACGACCACCCAGAAAUGGAAAAAACUGUUUCUGGAGAUGAACGUGAAUCAGAUGGAGAACAGGCAGAAGAUAAUCUAUAUUUAGACACCUCUCAGAGCCCCACACCAAAACAUUCAGACAACACUCAAACCAAUACAUUUGAAAACGCUGCCCUCCAAGAUCCAGACCAACAAGUAGAAGGCAAGAGUGGGGAUGAGUCAGAUGAGUGUGAGGGGCAGUUAGACAGCAGCACAGCAGAGGAAGAUUACUGUGAGCGUAAAACUGAUGAGAAAUCUAAGGACGAGUGUGAUCCAAAAGAAGAAAAGCCAGACAACAAGAACGAGAGCGAGGAUAAAGAAGGACAACAGAAAACUGAGGCUGUUGAAAAAUCAAAGUGAAAAUGUAAAUACAACAUAGAAGAAGGCAACAGGAUAAGAUCAACUGGAAUCAUCCAAAUGAACAGCUUGUGGAGGACUUUUAAACAUCAAACUGUUCGACUGAAAGAAAAUUAUGGAGAGAUUCACAUUCAGGGAGAGCCACUGAGAUCAAAAACCCAAGUAAAAAAACCCACAGUUAUUAGGUUAGGGUUAGUCCACAGACUGAAACCCGACGGGUGAUUUACGCAUCUGAUGCCUUUUUCUUUUUUUAAGUCACACAAUACAAAAUGCGUCAUUAUUACUGGUAUGUUAACUUGACAGCUGACACAAGUACGACAGAGUUAUCCACCUGUAUAGGCUGAGAAAGACGAGAUUGCACUGAAAUGACAGUGAAUGGGAAACAGACAUGAAACUCAGAGUAAAUAGAAAGUCACUGUUUCAUUUAAACUCAUUGGUAUCCAUCUGUAAGGAUUCCCCUGGUUGUGCAACGUUAACCGACUGCAGAAAGUCCAGAAAAUAUUCACACCCCUGUGUGUUUUUUCGGGUUUAAUCGUGCUU